GGAGGGCCAGGGGGCAGGCCAGCGUCAGGACGUAAUGUGGGGCAGUGUGGUGUUAAUCCGUGCAGCUUGGUCAUCUGCCGGAACGGAGGCACCUGUGUGGACUCUGGAUCCUCUGUGCACUGUCAGUGUGUGUUUGGAUGGAAAGGUGUUCUUUGCUCAGAGAAAGUGUCGUUCUGUGAUGCUGAGCACAUCCCACCGCCCUCCUGUGCUCGCGGCGCCACCUGUGUGCCCCUUCCUGAUGGAUACACAUGCCAGUGCCCACUAGGCUCUGCUGGACUCUUCUGCCAGCAAGCUGUAUCUAUCACUGAUCAUUUCUUCAGUGGGAAUCAAUCGUCUUGGAUGUCAUUUCCUCCCAUCAACAUAAGGCACAGAACUCAUCUGCAACUGCAGUUUCAAACUCUUUCACCGGAGGGCAUCCUGUUCUACACCGCACGCUACUUGAGCAGUGGCGCCGGUGAUUUCCUCAGCUUAUCCCUAUCAGCUGGAUUUGUGCUGCUCCGCUAUAAUCUGGGAAAUUAAACUAUUGUAUUACAGUCUCCGAAAAGUGUAGAUGUGACCGGCAUGAGGUGGCACACAGUGAAGGCUGGUAGAAAAGGCAACCGUGGCUUCCUGAUUCUAGACGAUGAAGCCGUGACCAGGAACUCUUCGGAGGGCUCGACCACUCUGGAUGUCACCACAGAUAUUUUCAUUGGUGGUGUGUCUUCCCUGAACACAGUGUCCCUGGAUGACACAGAGAAGGACCUGGUGGGAUUCACCGGAGGCAUUCGAGAGGUCAUAGUCAACGGGCAGGACCUUGAGCUUACAGAGACAGGCGCACUGGACGGAGCCAAUGUUGGCGACUGGAACGGGACAGCGUGUGGAUAUAAGGAUGCAUUGGGAUUUAUUGUGACCAAGAAGUUACGAUGAGGACUUUAAAGUUUACUGGAAACUCUUAUUUGAAAUACAAGGAUCCGAAGUACAACUCUAGGAAUCUGAUGUACACCGAGGUGUCACUGAAUUUUUCUACUUCAGCUUGGGACGGUUUGAUCCUUUGGAUGGGGAAAGCAGAGAGUGAAGACGAUGACCAUCUAGCGGUUGGUCUGCAGGACGGUUAUCUGAAGGUUUCAGUCAAUCUUGGUGAGAGAACCGCUCUUCCUCUUGUGCAUCAAAACACUUUCUGCUGUAAUCACUGGAAUUACCCGUCUGUUACUCACAACCGGACUCUCAUCCAGGUCUAUGUGAAUGAGGAAAGAGUCAUUUUUGAAGAUACUGACCCCUUUGAACGGUAUGUACCGGUAAAUUAUGGAGGGGUGAUUUAUUUAGGGGGUUUUGAAUUGAAAAGAGAUGUGGCAUCAGUUACAUCUGGUGUAUUUACUAAAGGGUUUGAUGGGAGUAUUAAACAUGUUUUCUUGUAUCAGGACAUCAGAGAGCUGGAGUUUCUACAAACCAGUGAAGGUUUUGACUGUGCUUAUUGUUGAUAUCUUGAUAUUUGAUUUUAGGUAUUCACGUCUAGAUUUUUUUCACAAAUACAUGCUCAAUGCCCGUUUUUAAGAGGUGAAAUCUGUUGUUUAUCACUGGCAUGGUAAAAUGAUCCUGCAUUAAAGAUGCUUAUGAAAGGUACAAAAAACACUGCAAAAAAUAAUCUCAAAAUGACCACACAAAUGUGUUGUUUGAAGAAACGAAAUGAAGAGAUGAACACGAUCGCAGGACUGUUAUAUAUUUGUGCCUCUUACUGAAUUACCAGUUGAUAUUUGUCCAGAUUUGUUAUUCUUGUUUAUGCCACAGAAAAAACUGUUGACAAUUUUCUACUCUGCACUAACACAACACAACAAAAAAAUUUAUUUUAAAUAAAAUAAUGUGGUGACCUUUCUGAAUUUAUAUAUUAACUACUUGUGAAGGAUUUUAUUCUCAAUGUCAAAACAAAUAAGGU